GAUUGGCAAGUAUGCUAAAAAGGGACAAAGAAGAAUAACAAAAUGCGUGCAGAAAUUUGAUUCCCCUGUUGUUGGUUGAGACUUGUAAUAACCAAAAUUCUAUUUCUUAUGCUGGCUGCACUGGGGGUUCCUAUGGCUUUAUCUCAGUUUCUCGGCCAUAAUCCAAUCUUGCAGCCUUGUCCCAAUUUGUUCGAAAACCGCAGAGUGCAUUCGCUACGUACACAUGGGUCGUCCUCAUAUUUCAACUCAAAGUCGAGAAAUGUCAGCGUCAUGGUUUCUGCCAACAGAAAACAAGUAGAGAUAGUAUACGAUCCUGAUGAAAGGAUAAACAAGUUGGCAGAUAAGGUGGAAAAUGAGGCUCCGCCGCUUUCAAGGCUGUCACUGUUCUCGCCUUGCAAGAUUAAUGUUUUCUUGAGAAUAACUAACAAAAGAGAAGAUGGGUUUCAUGACUUGGCAUCUCUCUUUCAUGUCAUAAGCCUUGGAGAUGUGAUUAAGUUCUCUUUGUCACCCUCAAAAUCCAAAGAUCGUUUGUCGACCAAUGUGUCAGGGGUUCCCCUUGAUGAUAGGAAUUUGAUUAUCAAGGCCCUUAAUCUCUACAGGAAGAAGACUGGUAGCGACAAUUUCUUUUGGAUUCAUCUUGAUAAGAAAGUGCCUACAGGAGCAGGACUUGGUGGUGGAAGCAGCAAUGCUGCAACUGCGCUAUGGGCAGCAAAUCAGUUUAAUGGUUGUCUUGCCACUGAGAAGGAGCUCCAAGAAUGGUCGAGUGAGAUUGGUUCAGAUGUUCCCUUCUUUUUCUCUCAAGGUGCAGCCUAUUGUACUGGUCGUGGUGAGGUUGUUCAAAAUAUUCCUCCACCUGUACCCUUUGACAUUCCGAUGGUUCUUAUAAAGCCUCAGCAGGCAUGUUCAACAGCUGAAGUUUACAAGCGCCUGCAGUUGGAUACAACUAGUAGUGUUGAUCCUUUAAAAUUGCUGGAAAGAAUCUCAGUGAAUGGAAUAUCACAAGAUGUUUGCAUCAAUGAUUUAGAACCUCCAGCAUUUCAAGUUCUUCCAUCUCUUAAAAGAUUGAAGCAGCGAGUACUUGCUGCUAGCCGUGGACAAUAUGAUGCUGUUUUCAUGUCUGGAAGUGGAAGCACUAUUGUUGGGAUUGGUUCUCCAGAUCCUCCUCAGUUUGUAUAUGAUGACAACGAAUACAAGGAUGUGUUUUUGUCAGAGGCCAACUUUCUCACUCGCGAAGAAAAUCAUUGGUACAGAGAACCUUCAUCCAGAAGUGCUAGUGGCCCAUCCUCUGAUUUUUCCCAGUCUAUUCCUUGAUUUUUACUCCCCUAUGAGAGAACUGAAAUGAUGUUUCUAGUAAUAAAUAAAGUCCGACCUGCUUUAAAUUUGGCUUGUUAAUCUUGUGAAGUUGUGAACACCAUUUAAAGCUGCACUUCGUGUGCUUUUUUUCUGUUUCAUUUUAUU